UCGGCAGUCCUGCAUUCUUUUCUGCUGGCAACAUAGAUCUGUACACUAUAGCACCGGAUCUCACUUGCAACUGCCGGACUCUUUAGACCCGGUGAUUUACGCCAAACAGGGCGGGAUGGGAGUUUUCGAACCCCUCAUCCCCCUCUUUCGCGACAUAGAAAACAAACCGAGGCGCCCCCCUUAUCCAACAUGAAGACACACUUGCAGGGAAACAAUACUUCCUCAAUUCGCAAAGCAGGUGCUCGACGUCCUUCAAGUUAAACCCCAAAGAACAACCAUGAUCCGCUUCCUCUUACCCGGCCUGACUCUGGCCACACACGCCGCAGCCGCAUGCUCCAGGGCAGCGCUACAGGAAGUUACUGCAUCAUACAUCCGCGCGCAAACUUCAGGCAAGCCAGACGAGCUUCAUCUCGCCAGCAACGCCACCUACGCAGAGAACGACAAGCCCAUGUCCAUCACAACCGGCGUCCUCUCCCAAGCCAUCACGAUCGACUUCAGCCGGAGCAUCCACGACACAGUCGAGUGUGCCACUUUCACCGAACUCACCGCGGCCACCUCCCCUCACCCGUACGUGAUCCACACCCGGAUGAUAGUCUCCCCUGCCGCCGCCGCAAACAUGACGCCUGAGAUAACGGCCAUCGAGUCGGUCGUAACCGAUCAAGGCGACUGGAUCUUCAACGCGACAAGCCACCUGUACUGGACGCAGCAGGAGAAGUGGGAUCCUAUCCCCGAGAGCCAGCGGGAUACACGGGAGACAAUCAAAGCCGCGGCUGACGCGUACCUUGAUCAAUGGGCCAAUUCGACACUGCCCGUCCCUCUGGGCACACCGUGCGCUAGGCUUGAGGGCGGGAUAUACACCGGCCAGAGGGACCCGGCGGCGAACACGUGUCGUAUGCCGGCGUUUCCGGUCCCGAUCAGGGCGGGGAAUCGGAGAUAUGUCAUUGAUGAGGAGCUGGGGGCCGUGGAUGUGUUUAAUGGGUUUCCGUGGCUGGAGGCGACGAAUACGGAUGCCGCGAUGCCGAGUAGUAAUUUGGUGAGGGUGGAAGGCGGGUUGAUUAGGUAUAUCCAUGAGGUGACGGUUUGUGAGACGACUAUGUGUGGAAGAUGAAGAGUCCGAGGGUAUUCAUUCUGAAUUCUGAAUCAGAAUACUUACAUGUAUAUGUUCAAAGCUCCCGAGUCGUCUGGCCGAAGCUGCGUAGCACGGUAGGCGGUGUUGAUCAAGACAAAACUGAAGAGUGACGGGCUGUGAUGCACCAGCUGUCUAGUACUGCUAGGUAGUACCUGUAAAUUAAGCCAGAGGCGGAACAGCCAACGACUUCCUCGGCAAUGAGUUCGUAUUCUUGCGUUGGUUCAUGUUCCUUGGCCCUGGGCCUGAAGAAGGUUGAACGACCGGGGAAGUAAAAUGGAACGCGAACAUCGGUGCAGCGGAGCGCCUGAAGAGUGAAGACGAGAAUUCUGAUUUAGUGAAGACGCAUAUCCACGCCUAUCGCCCUGUAAUCAAGGGCUGCCGUCGCCUUGUAGUUGAACUUCGCCGACGCCAAGGGCGCUGAACGUUGCCAACGCCCUGCAAUUGAACGUCGUUGCGGG